AUGGCAGCGCCCUGGCGUGCAAUCGCUUUUGAGAAAUCACACAGUUUUAUUCGCUCAAACUCUCAAAAGUUCCUGCCAUACAACAAUGGAAGGUGCUACUGCCAAACAACAGAUGAAGGUUUCUCGAAAAGUCCAUUUUGGCGAAACAUUGCUAGGCGCAAGGACCAGGCAUCUAGAAGUAUCUUAGCAAGGUUAUCAGGAAAGACAUCAGAGGAGAGUUUACUGCAGUAUUGUAACAGUCAUGGCAAAGUUGUACACUCAUUCACAUACAGCCAACAGUUGCAUGGGCGAUAUGCACUGGUAGAAUUCAAGACAACUGAUGCAGUCAAUCUUAUCAUAGACAGAGCCUAUGCCUCUAAUCAUAAUACUCAAGUCCAGUCUCGAUUCCUGAGUUUCUCGGGGUCAGGGCAGAGUAGUAACACAGCCAGGAAGAACCAACAGCUUAAUAAAGACUGCAGCAUCGCAGAACUCCAAGAAAAACUGGCUGAGGGCAAGUCGGUUUCAGAUCAGCUAGAUAUCCUUACCAAAGAGCAAGAGCUGAGUGACUCUGAGACUCGUCUUCGUUUCUUAGUGUGUUCCUUGAUUGAGGAGGCGUUUCGUAAGAUCCUUCCAGACUGCUCCCUGCACUUGUUUGGUUCUUCAGUCAAUGGCUUCGGCAGACGCAGCUGUGAUGUGGACAUGUUUCUGGACCGGAAAACAGCUCAAGGAAUUAUCCCAGUGAGGAUGCGAGCCGGCGAAUACAAACUAAAAUAUGAUCAACAAUCGGCUGAUUCUGAGCGAGUUGCAACCCAGGCAACCCUGUCCACACUGGCAUCCUACCUAGAGAAACAAGUACCUCAUUGUAUGUCUGUUGCUAGGAUACUACAAGCAAAGUGCCCUCUGGUGAAGUUUCGUCAUCAUGCAACGGGGCUCUCAUGUGACUUGACAGGAGACAAUAGAAUUGCUCUGAAAAGCAGUGAACUCCUUUACAUCUACGGUCAUCUGGAUCCCAGAGUGCGCCCUCUUGUGUUCAUGAUUCGUCAUUGGGCUCGUUACCAAAGCAUCACAAGCUCCAAUCCAGGUUACUGGAUCACUAACUUUCCCUUGACGCUUCUAGUGGUGUAUUUCCUGCAGUCCCGACCCAAGCCUAUUGUUCCUUCAUUUGACUACCUUCAGUCUCUAGCCGUUGAUUCCGAUCGCUGUAUGAUUGAUGGAAUGGAUUGCACUAUUCCUGGUGAUCUCACAACCGUUGUGCCUACAGAGAACACACAAACUACAGCCCAGUUACUACAUGAGUUCUUCAAAUUCUGCACAUUGUUUGAUUUUGAGGGUAAUUCUGUCUCGGUGCGUAGAGGUACGUCCUGCCCCAAGCAAGAUCCAAGCUUUCCUCUUCACAUGCAGAAUCCCUUCGAACCAGAACUCAACAUGUGCAAGAACGUCUCGCAAAGCCUGCUACAAGACAUUCACAAACACUCCCAUCAUGCAUUGCAAAUAAUGGACCUCCCAGGAUUCCAAGGACCUGAGUCUAGGUCAGAGGUCAUCCAGCCAUGGGGAAUCGGAGCCCUACUGACCUCCGUCAAAGCCAGACGCAGUGGGAAACGCUCUCUUUUCAUCAACAAUGGAGUGGGGAAUAUCUUGCGGGGUUUGUCUCGGGAAAAGAAACCUUCAACCAGUUCAACAAAAAACGUCUCCACUGUCACACUCACUGGGAACGAGUCUAAUUUACAACCUUCAACCGAUUCAACAGAAAACAGCUCCACUGUCACAAUCACUGGGAACGAGUCUAAUUUACAACCUUCAACCGAUUCAACAGAAAACAGCUCCACUGUCACAAUCACUGGGAACGAGUCUAAUUUACAACCUUCAACCGAUUCAACAGAAAACAGCUCCACUGUCACAAUCACUGGGAACGAGUCUAAUUUACAACCUUCAACCGAUUCAACAGAAAACAGCUCCACUGUCACAAUCACUGGGAUUGAGUCUAAUUUACAGGGGCUCUCUCAUCUUCCAGUACAGCAUACCAAUGGCAGGACUGUGCAAACACAAACACUGACAGCGCUUGAUGCAAGUCUUAAGUCCCAUAGUACAGUGACCUCUGAGAGUGAACAGAGAACACCUAACAACACUCCUUCAAAUAAACAUACAAACAACAACAACAUUCAUGAAGACUCUGAAUCAGAGACUGCUUUGUAUUCUAGGCCAGAAUUAAUAGCAGUUCAACCUGUUGACUCUCACCACAAGAAUGCCUCUGCAAUGAAUGGUGUUGAAGGCACACUAACUGAAUCUCAAGUCUCAAGGAAGCAUCCAGUUCCAAAAUUACAAAUAACAAUUAAUGACGUCAGAAGAAGACUCUUUUAUAGACGGCAAGAAAAAGUUACCAAAGGCAUCGUUCAUUGAUGGGGGUUUUUGGUCAAAUUAUUAAUUAAGAUUUACUAAACCCUUCUACCAUGCUGCACAUUGUUCAACAUGUUCAACAAGAAAUGCAUGAUACAUUCAGUUGCUCAGUAUACAACUAUGCAAUCUAUAAUUGUAUUUAAAGCAUACAACUUCAGGGGUUGAAUAUUUGUAUGGCUUCUGACUGGCACCCCAAAUCAACGAUUUUGAGAGACCGCCAACAUGGGGGAAGAUAGCUCAGUUAGUUGAGCGCGGUCACGUUACUCCAUUGGCUCAAAUCCAGCGCGAGUCAAUUUUGUUUUGUUCAACCCCAAAUCAUUUAUAAAUGUACACAGUCAGUUUGCCUUGUGGUUUAUUGAUAAAAAAAUAAAGAAAGUCACUAUAACUUCACGCCACAGUAAGCAAGUAUUUUUGAAUAGUGAAAUGGCACCAAAAGUGCAGACAAAUUCAGUGUGAUUUGAUGUCUUAAGUAUUCUAAAUUUUGAGAAUGUUAUUAUAGGUCCAAGCCAAUGACAGUGUUCCAACUAACCCCUGGUAGGGAUGUGAAAAAAAGCAGUUCUUUUUCAAAGACACAAGUUCCGAGGCCAAGAUACGAACCCACACCCCAAUGACUUAACCAUCAGAACUUAGUCUGUUGCGUUCGUUUAGCCUGGUUCGUACUUCAACUGAACUGCAAAGGCGCAGCAAUUUUCCUUGCAUCACAAUUGAAAACACCACAUACUUUAAUUUUUGCAUCACAUAAUUCGCUUUAAAUUUGCAUGAAGUAUGAAUGGGCCUUUAGAAAGCUGGACCAUAAUUUAUAUGCUUUCUUUAAAGGCAGUGGACACUAUUAGCAUAAAACCUUACUUGGUAACGAGUAAUGGCGAG